CAAGCACCUUUAAGUGGCGUGAUUCUAUCCAAGAUGUCGACAAAAAAGGGUGCUGCACUUGACAUUGGACCAACAGUGAUGAAGGUCGUGCACGGGUUGCUGCUCAAGCAUGGGAUCGCCGAGCGCCUGCAGUCCGUGGUGGCGACCGCCAAGCCGUUCCGCGUCCUGGGCCUCGACAUCAACACCAACACGACCGGCUACGUCGUCCUCAACGAGCGCGGUCGCCUCGCCGACGCUGGGCACGUGUCGACCAAGCACCUCUCGAGCGAGAGCCAGAUCCUGGACAUUGGCGUCGACAUUGCAUCGACGCUGCAGCGGCUUCAUAGCACAUCGGAGACGCUGCCGUGGGUCGUUGGCAUUGAAGACUUUUUGAAGACGUACGCGGGCGGCCGCUUCCACACCAAAGGGCUCUUCCAGCUCGCGCAGCUCAACGGCCUCGUGUCGUACUCGUGCUAUACGACCUUUGGGGCGCGCCCGCAGCACGUGCACCCGACGACGGCGCGCGCACUCUUCCGCCUCGCCAAGCCCAAGGACACCAACAAGCAAAGAAAGGAUGCGAUCAAGCACAUUGUGUUGGACUUCGCGCUCGCGAUGGAGCCGGCGCUGGUACGUCCCGAGGCCCCCGCCAGCUUCAAGUACGACGUCGCCGAUGCCUAUGUCAUCGCGCUCUUCACGUACUGGCGCCACAUCGCCGACCUCGCGCUCGCGGCCGACGCCGCAUGGACGCAGUCGGUGACGGCGGCGACGAACCUCGCGCUGGCCAAGCCACUGGCGCGCAAGGCCGCCGCGGCGCCCGAGCUCGAUCUGCAGGCGCACGUGGCGUCUCUGCUUCGGGCGCACGUCGAGCAACACAUCAAAGAUACACUGCCGCCUCGAGCGUUCGCACCCUCGACCUACUAA